AUGUCGAUCAUCUAUAUCUCCUCAAGGAUUUUCCUGGAGCCUCUUCUCACUGAACUGAGCCCUGUCACGAUAGCUUCAAUUCUGCCGGACAUUCCAGUGUUUCUUGAAACUGGCAGUGACCUCAAGAUGCUAGCCAUCUUUGAGAAAUGGAACGACACGUCUGGCUUUCAUAUAGACAAUACUGCGAAGUGCCUGUUGCUUAUCCUUUUCAACUUUGGAAUGGACACAGUGGUCUUUCUCCUAUGCUCCAGGAAGCUGUAUACCUCCUUCUUAAACAUGUGCAGUCUGUCCAUCGUCCUCGGUGACUUGACGAUGGUGCUCUACGUGACAGCUGUGUGGUUACUCGGGCCUGAAAGUUCUCCUGUGUCACUUUGCUACUUUUUGGCUCACGCCUCAGCAGCGUUUAAAGCCCUGCCCCUGCCCAUGAUUGCCAUGGGUAUUACUGACUACUGUAUUGAAGAUACCUACUAUGCCAAUAAGAGGUCCUUAUACAAAGUCCUUAGGAACGUGGUACUGACAUUGCUGGUGUGGAUGCUUGCUGUUAUUUACUCCGUUGCUUCUACAAAAGUUGAGCUGAUUGAACUGGUUCAUGUGACAGGGAUAAAGGCUUUGGCGUGUGAGGUAAAGGAGUCCACAUUCAUUACCUACUUCAUUUUUGGGGUUUUCUCUGCAGUCAUUUUGAUGAUGGUGCCCUUUUCAACAAGCAUUCCCAUGUGGGUUAGGGAGGCUGACAGGUUGUCUACAUCAAGGGAAGAACAAGAUAACCAGAGGAGCGACUUGUUCACAUCAACCCCAUCCAAAGAGACAAAAAGCAGUGAGGAAAAUGAUGUGGGGGAGAACAACUGGCUACGGCCACCUCUGGGGCUCAGUCUAACUCUGGGCUUUGCUUUAAUUUGGAUGCCUUAUCUCACAGUGUAUGUGGCUUGUGUGGCCUUUGACUUUGCACUGCCUGCCUACAUCAGUGUUAACGUAUUUUGGCUCGAGUGCACCAACAGCUUACUGGUGGGAGUGGUGUUCUGGGUAAAGAGCAAGUCACAUGGGCCAUACAGCAAUCUACCUGAAAAUGUAUGCGCAUGGCACGUUUUCUGGAAUUUGAGUAAAGGAACAUGGCAGCAGCCGCUCCCUCCAGCUGUGUUUAAUCCAUCAGAAGAGAAGAGAAACCCUCUUUUCUACAUCUGA